UCUUGUGUUUCAAGCCUGUUGGCUCUCCAACGAGGCCUCACACAGCUCUGCCCGCUGCACCUUGAAUGGCGUGAGUUUGCCUACCGCGUUGUGUGCUCUUUGCUGACUCGCCGCAGUGCGCGGGAGGCGGAUUGCCAGCAGGAGCGGCGAGGCGAGGCGGCGAGGGCAGGGCGGCGGUGCGAUGAUGCGAUGGGUGGAACACGCCUCUACCAUGGCCUCGGGCGACCCGCCCUCCGCUAGAAGCGGGCACGUGGCGGUGCUGGUGAAGCGGAGCAAGCUGGUGCUCUUCGGGGGGCUGCAAGACAAGGACUUCCUGGACGACGUGCUCGUACUCGAUACAGUGACCAACGAGUGGACUCGCCCCGUGCAGGCAGGCGCAGGGGAGGCGGGGCACGGGGAUCGGGAGGGGCAGGGGGGCAAGGAGGGCAAGGAAGGGGAGGGGACAGGGCAGGGGGAAGGUGGUGGUGGGGGAGCCGGAGGCAAGGGGGAAGGAGAUGGGGCGAGGGGAGGAGGUAGCGAGGGGGAGGGCGGAGGUCGGCCGUGUGCACGUGCGUUCCAUGCAGCUGCGGCCAUAGAGGGGGGCAACCUGUUCGUGUUCGGUGGACGCACUGGCAAAAAGAGACUUGGUGACUUCUGGAUGCUUGACACUGACACAUGGCAGUGGGCGCAGCUGCCAUGUGGCGGCACUCCUCCAUGCCCCCGUGACUUCGCCUCGCUCGUUGCCUUCGGCUCCUCUCGCCUCAUCCUCCAUGGAGGAUGGGACGGCACCCGCUUUCUCAAUGACACCUACAUCCUCGAUACAAUGUCCCUGGAGUGGCAGCAAGUGCUGGUGCCUCUACCUGCGAGCCUGCCCCCUCCGCGCUGCGGCCACACCGCUGCUGUCUUCAACAACCGGCUGCUCGUGUUCGGAGGCAGGGGGACAGGGGGCGCCAUGUUGAAUGACUUGUGGACGCUCAAAGGAAUCGAUGCGCCCUUUGCGCCUCAGCCACAAUUGCCAGGCACGGAGGCCAUUCAGGGCCACUGGACGCAGCUGAAGCUCCCUGGAAACAUUCCCUCUGCCAGAUGUGGCCACAGCGGCACCCUCACUCGCACACAGAUGCUGGUGUUCGGUGGUCACUGCCAGGCGGGAUGGCUCACACGCACUGACAUGUAUGCCAACGACAUCGCGUACAUCGAUAGAGCCACCGUGCAAUGGAAGCAGCUGACCACAGCAGGGGGGCCGCCAGCCCCAAGGGCGUAUCACACCGUGACAGCUGUUGGCUCGCGAUUCGUGUGCGUGGGGGGCUUUGAUGGGAAGACCACGUUUGGGGACGUCUGGUGGCUCGUGCCGGCAGACGACCCGUGGGCGGUGCGGGACGAGCAGCUGUGCAGCAAGCGGGUGGCCCUGGAAGCAGCCAUCCGCCAGGCGUCAGCCGUCGCAGGCGGCAUGGCCUCGCCCUCCCUCGCCCCUGCCCCUGCUGUUGCCGCCUCCGCCCUGCCCGCGCCCACAUUCGGCCUACUGCCCUCAUCUGCAGCGGCAGCGGCGGCAGCGUCAGCAGCAGCAUCAGCGGCGCGGCGGUUCAACGACAGCCUGGUGGCGCAGAUCCUGGCGCCCGCUGCCUCCGCCGCUGCUGCCGCUGCCACCGUGGUGGUAGACGCUGCUGGGGCCGUGGGGGCUGAACUCAACAAGGCCGCCGAGGAGCGCGAGCUCCUGCACCAGCUGUCGGACCUGCAUCGCCGCGUGGGCCUCAAGUCCCCCUCCCUCGCCUCCUCCGCCGCCUCCCACGCGCCUGCCUCGUCCCUGCCGUCGCUGCCACUGGCGGGGCCUGCUGUGGACGACGCUGCUCUGGUGCACCUGGGUAGGCAGGUCAUGGGGCGCGCAGGGGAAGCAGGCAGCGCGGCCAGCACAGGCGGUAUGGGUGACACGGCGGACAGAGGGGUGACUGAUGAGGCUGGUGCAGGGGGGAUGGGGGAAUCAGCAGGAGACGAUGUGGCAGGGGGGGCAGGGUCGGGGGAGGGGGAGGGGCUAGGGGGCGAAGAGAAGGUGGGGAGAGAAGCAGAAGGCGGCGGAGUGGUGGCAGGUGGUGCGGGGCGUGCAUCCAGCAGUCCAUCUGUGGGCAUCAGCAAGGCAGCAGCGGUGGAGGCAGCGCGUGCGCAUCUGGUGCGGUGUGAGGCGGCAGCGCUGCGCAUGAGAGACGUUGCAGUCAUGCUCGCAGACUACCAGCGCCAGGUCGCCAUCGCACUCAGGCACGAGUCAACGGACACAGUGGACUGCCCCCCACCUGUGCAUGUCCUGUACCACCUGCGGUCAGCCAACCAGCUGCGGCUGUCAGACGUGCCUCGCCUGCAGUUUGCCUACUCACAGCUGCUGCACUCCAAUCACGCAAUCUCGCACACCAACACCUGAAUCCGCACGCCAUCAGUGCUGCAUGCACCACGGGCCUUCUCAGCUUCCACAAGGGUGUCCUCCUGUAUUGGUAGACGCACCGAGGGCUGAUUUUAUCAGACUAUUUAGUCUGAUUAGUCUGAAAUUUCAGACCCUUUUUUAUGCCAAACCUGAAUUUCCAGAUAACCCAUUUUCCCAAUCCUGAUCACUUCAGAGUACGAUUCUAGGGAUCCUGAGAAAAUCAGAGUUGUCGCUAACCCAGUACUGAGUUUCCAGAGCACAGCGCGUACAGACCCUGAAACAUAUUAACUGUACCCUAUUACCAACCUUUG